AUGAACAGGAAGGAAAACAAAAUAGUUACGUCGAAGUAUACAGCAAUGACCUUCCUCCCACUGAACAUAUACCACCAGCUGUCGAGGCCAUCAAACUUAUUUUUCCUGCUGACUCUCAUUCUGCUGUCUAUUCCAUCGAUAUCUCCAUUCAGCCCAUUCACCUAUCUCCUGGCAUUUGUUGUUGUUGUCGGAGCAUCGAUGAUGAAGGAUGGAGUAGAAGACUACAGGAGGCACAAGCAGGACAAAGUGAUAAAUGAGAAACCUGCAAAUGUAGUGCGAGGAAAAGGACGGGAUGCAUAUGCUGAGGAGAUCCAUGUGGAGGAUCUCAGUGCUGGGGAUCUCAUAUUCAUAAUGAAGGACCAGGAGGUGCCUGGCGACGUGGUUUUGCUGAAUAGCAAGGUAGAGACAAGAGACGGCAUCAGAUGCAAGAACUACUGCUUUGUCGAGACAAGCAAUCUGGACGGAGAGAUGAAUUUGAAGAAGAAGACAUCGCAACAUCAGGUUGAGUGCAAGAGAAAAGACACGGGACUUGAGUUCCGUGGAGAGAAACUGAGCUUGUGCAGCUGCGAUAGGUAUUACAUGGACAGGACAUCUGACUUCACUGUUGAGGACACAGGAGACCUGUUCAAUAAGUUUGAGUGCCAGAUAAACAUUGAUGGGGAAAACAUCCUAUGCAACGAGAAGAAUGUUCUUCUAAGGGGGUCGAGGAUCAAGAACACCGAGUGUGUUCUAGGGAUGGUUGUGUGUGUCGGAAAGCAAACAAAGCUCGGCAAAAGCCACUUCAAAGCGAAGGUAAAGAUAUCGCUUUUUGAAAAAAGCGUUGGGGACUUUAUAUUUGGGAUUUUUAUGAUAUACCUGGGGAUUCUGGCGGCAACCUCUGUCCUUGGGGCUAGAUUCCUUAGAAAGGAUGACAUCGAGUAUCUGUAUUUGAACGAGUAUCUUGCUAAUGAUGCAUUGAAGCAGACAGGAACGAAUUAUAUUUUAUUCAGUUACCUGAUUCCCUUGUCUCUCUUUGUGACUCUCGAGGUAUCCAGGAUGUUCCAUUCGAUGUUUAUAUCCUAUGACGACGAGAUGGCCAGGGAUGGCAUCAGGUCGAUCUGCAGGAACUCAAACAUCACAGAGGAUGUCGGAAUGAUUGAAUACAUCUUGACAGACAAGACCGGGACGCUUACGAAGAACUCCAUGGUCUUCAAGUAUUGCCACAUAUAUGACUCUCCGGACCUUAUUUCAAGAGAAGAACUGAAGGAGUCCUGCUUUGACAUUGAUCUUGUGAAUGAUCUGAGCCCGGCCGUGAAGAAAAGGCGCUCCCGCAUGAUGUUUAUACUUGCUCUCCUGUGCUGCAACUCAAUUGAGCCUCUUAACAACAGCCUUGAGGGGAUUUCGCAGGACGAGCUGUGCAUUGUCCAGGAGCUAGAGAGGCUGGGACACGUGCUGGUGGAGCGGGACGAAAAGUUUGUUGUACUGGAAAUAAACGGAAGAAGGGUCAAACUCGACAUAAUGGUCUCGCUAGACUUCACCUCGGCAAGGCAGAGAAUGUCAGUCGUGAUGAAGGUGCUUGGGAGGUAUAUUCUAUUCUGCAAGGGUUCUGACCAGAAGCUUCUUGGAGACAAGAAGAUGACCUUUGAGCAGGGGGACAUGGGAAUGAUCAGAGCUCUCAUAAACAACAACUCUGAGUACAGGUCUCUUGUUGUUGGAUACAAGGAGCUGAGCAGCGAUGUGCUGGCAUGGAUAGAGAAUCAGUAUAACAGAGUCUCCCUGAAAAACAAGUUUCUGGAACAGGAGAGGAUUUUCGAUUCUGUGGAGGAGGGGAUGGUCUACCUGGGGGCGACCUUUAUAGAAGACGAGCUCCAGGAUGAUGUCAGAGGGACUAUAACAUCCCUGCGAGAUGCAGGAAUCAAGAUAUGGAUGAUCACCGGAGACAAGAAGGAGACUGCAAUGAGCUGUUCGGAAGACUGUGGAAUUACCCAGAAGAGCCGUGAGCCCCAGUCGCUCGUGAUCGACGGCAAGGAGUUUUUGGAGAAACUCGGCGAUCCAGAGAUCUUUGAGUACAAAUCAAUUGUGAUAUAUAGAGCAACUCCCUACCACAAGGGGAAAAUAGCAGAAAAGAUAGUCGAGUCUGGGAAGAACACGCUUUCUAUUGGAGACGGAAACAACGAUGUUCCCAUGCUCACAAGCUCCCAUGUUGGUGUGGGGAUCAUGGGGAAGGAGGGCACGCAAGCGAGCCUGUCUGCAGACUUUGCGAUUCCAGAGUUCAGGCUUCUAAAGAGGCUCAUACUUGUGCACGGCCGAUACAAUCUCAUCAGGUUUUCGAAGAUAACACUCAAUGCAUUUUUCAAGAACAUAUUCUUCAUCUCGAUACAGUUCAUGUACAACUUCUUCAACGGGUAUUCGGGAAAGCCCAUAUACAGCAACUUCUUUCUGAACUACUACAACGUACUUUUCACGUCAUUCGUCCCUCUAUCCAUAGGUCUUUUCGACAAGGACAAGCCGGAGAUCUAUCUUAUGUCCCAUCCUGGGGACUACAGGGAUGCAAGAAGACUCUUCAGCAGGCCCUCAUUUGUGUUUGGGUUCGUGUACACAGUCUUGCUCGGGAUCGUUGUGUUCGGGCUUUCUGUUGGUGUUGUUUAUGUAAAGGACCUGAUCAGCAGAAGGGGGCUGGUUGGAGGAUACGUCCUCCUCACAAACUACUUCUCAAUAAUUGUUUUCUGGGUUGUGUUGUUCACGCAGAUUAGGGAAAUAUCCUUCUUUGUUGUCUACUCAUGGAUAGCAAUUGGACUGAGCAUUGCCCUCAACUUCAUAACUCUCUUCUUCAUCCAAGAGCUAGAUGUCACAACGAACAACGCCGCCCUCAAUCUGUUUUCCUUGCCCGUCUUUCACCUGACCUCCUUAUUUGUGCUUUCCGGAGCACUACUUGUUGACUUUGUCGUCACAAGGAUGUUUUCUGUUGUGAAGAAGAGCAGGGGAUGGCCCUGA